UGCCAACACGACGCAGGCAGCCUCGAUCUAGCAAUUAAAAUCUUCACCCCAGGUCUCUUGGGCGCUUAAGAAAAGCAAAGAAACCCAAAAACGCACAACUCACAAUGCACACCAUGCAAGCCCGAGACGCCACCGGCCGCCAGGUCUCCCUUCUGAACGAUGAUCCCUACGCCAGUCACCAGUCGUACCACAUGCCUAGCCAUUACCCGAGUGCAUGCGACCAAUCGCCGCCGCCCCACACGCCAGAGCUUCUGCGUUCAGAUUCGUACGAUUCCAACGCCAGCUAUGACGCCUACUCGCCCGUGACCCCUCAGGGACUAUAUGACUACUCGGCGCGGCAGCUAUACGAAGACUAUCUUCCCGCGGAUCACCAGGUUCCCAUGAAGCGGCCCGCCUACGUCGUUACCAGCCGGUCCAACUCGUACGAAGACGACAGCUCGGCUAGCUCUGCCGCCCCCGAGAAGGUCGGCAAGCGGUAUCCCUGCCGGUACCGCGAGAGCCACGGCUGCGAGAAGACCUUCACCACGUCGGGCCACGCAUCUCGCCACUCCAAGAUUCACACUGCCGAGAAGGCAGUUCAGUGCACCUACCCCGGCUGCCACAAGAAGUUCACCCGGGCAGACAACAUGAAGCAGCAUCUCGAGACCCACUUCAAGGACAAGUCGAGAUCCGGUAGUUCGACGAAAUCUAAGAGCUCGUCUCUCUCUUCGACUUCGAAGCGCAGCUCGGUGUCUUCGAAGUCGUCGUCGUCGUCGUCGUCGUCGUCGUCUCCCCACAGCAGCGUGCCGUCGCGAGAAGUCCAGAUGUGGGAGUCGGACCCGUACGGGGCUGAGGUCCAACCGCUCCCGUCUCCAGGCGGUGCUUGGGAUAUGCGCGGCCUCAACAUCCCUCUUAUGGGUCGUCCGGUCGCUGUGAGAACCAGCAGCGGUCUGGACGCUCUCGCGGCAAUCGCCUGUCAAGAAGGUGCUUGACGUGGUCGGCCUCGACGUUUUCAGUCUAGAGGCGGAGGGGACGGCGUGGCACAGGCCUGAUGCCGAGUGGGGACCUAUCGCCUACGAAACGGGAAGGUGAUAAAC